CAGAAGUAAUUCCAGGCAGGUACCAAACUCUCAUAAAUAUGGGGUAACACACACACACGCACACACACACAUGCACACACACACUGUAACAAUGCUGUAAAGAUGCCUUUCCAGUAUUUUGAUCUGUGUUUUAUUUUUUUAAGUCUUUAAAGAAAACUACUUAAUGAAGGAUUCUUACAUUUUCAUUGCUUCAAAAGAAAUCCAGAAUUCUAGCGGUAACCUAAAAAUGGUAAAGAGUCGAGUGGAGAACACAGGAUAUGAAAGGAUACCAGUAACUUGUGAGGGGAAAGAGAGAGAGUAUGGCGCAUACAACUAUUCACCGCUUCCCGGGGCACUGGCAUUGAAUAUGAAUGGAACAAAUUCACCAACAUCAGCACUUACAGCACUAAAUGUGGAAGUAUGUACCUCAACAGUAAAUACUGAGCAAGCACUGUCUUCUCCAAAAGGGACAAAGGCUCAUAAAACAAAAACUGAUCGGACAUACCUGGGUGUCAGAGUGAGAAUGCCAGUAAAAGACAUGCUCAGAGAUAUUCGCCUAGCCAAAGGAUUGGACCCUAAAGAAAUGCAGAAGAAAGAAAACAAAGGAUUAAAAGGGGAUAAAAAACGAGUGAAUAUAAGUAGUUGUCGAAGAAAUAGCCUGAAAAACUGGCAAACAAAGAGUUUGGAAGAGCUUGCCUUUAUACUAGAGGUGUUGGAAGAAGACCUUAAGACUAGUUCCUCCAGACAGUCAAGUAACCAACCACCCACCUUUGCCCCAGAGCUUGGAAACAAGUUCUGGGUGAAAAACCUUCUUCAGCAAGCUCAUCUAGAUGAGCCACCUCCAAAUCCAGUUUGCUAUGCAGCCACUAAAAAGUCCCCUAUGCAUUCUGCGGGAAUCUAUGGCUCUACAUAUGGCCAGGCUACUUCUCUCUUCACAGAUUUAGAGUCAGAUUACUAUAUACAAAGAAGGCAGCAUGAAAUGACCUGGUCUCCAAGUGACAGCAAAGUGCAUGUCCCAUCCCCACAAGAGAUCUAUUUCAGCACCAAGAUGGACUGGUGGGGUUCACCACACAAAAUAGGAAGUCCAUCAAAUUCAUGCUCUGUGCAGGAGGACUGGGACAGCAUGACAUACUUCUGGACCCAAAUGGAAAGAGAGGUGCAUCUACUGAAUCGUAUCUCCAACCAAGAGCUUCUUACUCAGGAUGAGAGGGGAAGAACACGCCUUCACCAAGCUGUUGAUGAGGGGAAACGAUCUCUUGUGUAUGUUAUUGCCAGACGGAUGGCAAAUCUAAACAAACUGGACAGCAAAGAUGCAGAUGGAAGGACUUCUCUCCACUUAGCUGCACAGAAGAAUGAGCACAUUGUGGUUGCUGAUUUAAUUUCCCUCGGUGCAAACAUCAAUGAAAAGGAUAAAUAUGGAAAAACAUGCCUCCAUCUCAGUGCGGAAUAUGGAUACAUCAGGGUUUUAGAGGUUCUGAAAAGCUACAUGAAAAGUGGGAAAUAUAUAGACUUGGAAGCGAGAGAUGUGAAUGGACUCAGUGCACUACAGCUUGCAUCAGUAGCUCUGAAGAGCGUAGUGGGUAAUUUGGAGAAGAGUGUGACAGUUGGUCAUGCCAGACUGCAUUCCCUACGUAAAGAGCAGAUGAUGGAAACCCUCAAGUGCCUCCUGCAGAUGGAAUGCAACCUGCAGUGCCUGCUAGGGCAAGAUUGGGCAACUGUAGGCCAGAAAUGAAGAUAUUGAGCUUUGCUGCUUGUGAUGAUCCUGUUCUCCUGGUCAAUUAGAACUGGUUUGUCCAGUUAUGCAACUACUUUGAGCAGGAAUGACAGGUGUCUGUCAAACAAAGCAGUGCUGUUAACUGACGGUAAUGUUUUUGGGUUAAUACAAGUUUUAACCUGCCACAGAAAAAAAGGUAUAUUUUUUUUAUCACGGUAUAGUUAAAGCUAUGUAUUAUGCAACCAGAGGGAGUUAUUGUAACAAGGGUUCCUUUCAGUCCCUUUAGUUUGUUAAUAACUUAAAUGGUUGUGAGUCAGCUGGUUUCUGUGAAACUUCCAUUGUUUGUUAUGUUAAAAUAGCAAAACAGUUUUAAAAAGUGAUAUGUAGUGACCUAUAAUUCUGUUUGUUUCCAUAUUUUAUUUGGUGAGGUUUUUUUUUGUGUGUGAGCAAAAACCAAAAAUACGUUAAUGCAUUUUUGAUAUAUAUUAAUAUAAGGUUACUUGUGUAAGGUUUACAUAUUUUCACAUCGCUGAGUGCUUGCAUACACUUUUAGAGUAUUGAACAUCAAUUGAAUCUGUAAAGCCUUGCUUCAAGUCUAAAUAGUAUAUAAUAAAUAAAACAUAAUCAAGCAAAUAAACUUAGCCCUAUACUGAAUUGUGUAACUGCGAGAAAAAAAAAAAGAAAAGAAAAAAAAAAGACUUCUUGAAGCCAUUUAGGGAUUGGUAGGAAUAUCUUGGGAACUGCUGGCUUUGUAGUCUAGGAUAUAGCAAAUUAUGGCUUCUUGAACACUACUUAGUACAUAUUUGUACAUAUUUAGAACAGCAUUGAUACAUACAUACAUACAUACAUACAUACAUACAUACAUACAUACAUACAUAAAAGGAGCGAUUCCUUUUAAAAAUGGUCUUUAUUUAGUUGGGAGGAUUUGUGAAUUAUUACUUUGAAUGUUAACCCAGUUAGCUGUUUUUGAUAAAGUAUUACAAACAUGUCAUAUGGUCAAAAUAAGUGCCAUAUCUUCCAUAGUGCCAAAGAGAUUCGAGAGUUUAUUGUCAUAUGUGCAGGAAACAGUCAGGUACACAGUACAAUGAAAUUCUUACUCUGUGAAUCCUCCCAGCAGCCUCUGAAAUAUUUUAAACAAGACAUAAUGAAAACACAAAAACAUAAAUUACAAAUCGUGCAAAAAAAAUUAUAAAAAUUUUAAAUUACAGCAUUUGUCAGACGCCCUCAUCCAGAGCGUCUUACAUUCAUCUCAUUUACACAUUUGAGCAGCUGAGGGUUAAGGGCCUCCAAUCCGAAGCUGUCUGAAGCUGGUAAACUAAUUACCUCAAAAUUUUUAAGUUGAUAAAUCAAUUUCUUUAAGCCAAAUACAUUUAAAUAUAACAAAAAUUUAACUCAAACUUUGUAAUUUAACAUUAAGUUUUGUUAUAUUUAAAUAUAUUUGGCUUAAAGAUUUAUCAACUUAAAAAUUUUGAGGUAAUUAUUUUCCUCAAAUUUUUGGAGUUAAAUGAACUAUCCGGUUUUACAAUGUGCUGCCACAUGAUUGGCUGGUUGAAUAAUUGCAUAAAUGAGCAGGUGCACAGGUGUUCUUGUUAAAGUGAUCUGUUUAAAUGAAGUUAUCCUGGUCAUGAUCAUGGUGAACACAAUCCAGGAACACUGGGCAUGAGUCAGAAAUGCACCCUGUAUGGGAUAUGAACCCAUCACAGGGCACCAUGCACAUGCAUAUCUUUGCACCUAUAACAAUUUAGACAAGCCAUCAAUACAUAAUGGUGUUGUGGUUCAUUUACGAUAGAAAUGUUGAAUAUAAAGGCUACACUCUUAGAGAAAAGUGUUCCUCUAAGUUUGUUUAAAUAGCUAAUGGUACUUUACGUUCUAAAGGGGUUCUACUCUCUCUUAGUGUUUUUCCAUGCUGUAGGGUUCUACAUGCAAUUUUUAAGGGUUCCCCCAGAGCACAGGUUCCCAACUCUGGUCCUGGAGUCCUGCAAUAUUUUAGUGUUUUCUCUCUAUUUUACACACACAUUUCAAGGCCAGAAGGACUGUUAAGUGAUUGCUAACUACUGACUAUUAUUUUUACUUUGAUAAUUUUUACUGUUAUUUUUACUAUGAUUUAACAGAUUAGUUGAAUCAGGUGUUUUGGGACUAGGGAAAACACUUAAAUGUGUAGGAUCCGUUUUGGAAACAUGGGCCCCUGCAGGAGAACCCCUAAGUGUUUUAGAAUGGCCUUUUUUGCCCUAAGACUAGCAAUAUUCAUUUAGUUAACUGAAAAAUAAUUAUGUUAAACUGUUCUCUAAUUCAAGAGUCUUUUUAAAGAGGCUGUAUAAUGCUAUUGCACAUGAGUUUGUUUUGAAAUCAUAUAUUACAAUUGCAUUUAGGUUUUUUUAUGCUUACAUUUAAACAGUAAUAUUAAUAUAUUAAUCAAAUAUUGACCUGUCAGUAAAUUAAGGUAAAUACUGUUGUUGUUAUUGUUUUAACAAGUUGGGAAAGGGAUUUUUCUUUAUUUGAACUGCCAAAUCAAUUGGUGAUUUAAAGAGAUUGUAAUACGUUUGUUCUGUGUAGAAUGUUAUAUUAUUUCAUUGUGAUAUGUAUGCUUUAUCUUCAAAAAUUUAAUAAAACAUGUGACACAGCAUUUUUA